AUGGUCUGCUCCAAGAAGAUUACUCUUUCUGUCACCGCCGCCGUCCUUCUCGGCGUGGCUGACCAUGCAAUUGCUGCCCCCCUUCCCCGCAUGGACGUUGCUCCCCGAGCGGAAGGCAGCAUUGGUGCUGCUUAUGAGGCGCCCCUCGUCCAAAGAGAGGUGGAGGCCCUGGAUGAACGUGACGUCGAGGAGGUCGAGGUCCGCGAUGUCGAGCUCCCUGCCGAGCGCGAUGUUGAGGAGGUCGAGGUCCGAGAUGUUGAGGAACUCGUGGAGCGUGAGGAGGACCUGGAGGAGCGCGAAUUCGAUGACCUCAUCGCCCGCGACUUCGAUGGAGUGAUCGAGGAGCGUGAGUUUGGCGACGAGCUCUUUGAGCGUGAGUUUGACGACGAACUCUUUGAGCGCGAGUUUGACGACGAGCUCUUUGAGCGUGAGUUCGACGACGAGCUCUUUGAUGAGCGCGAUGUUGAGGAUCUGGAGGAGCGUGAGUUCGAGGAAGCUCUUGAGGAGCGCGAUUUCGACGAAUACUUGCAGGAGCGUGAGAUCGACGAGCUCCUUGAGCGCGACCUAGAGCUGCUCGAGCGGGAUGUUGAGGAAAUCUAUGAGCGUGACGCUGCCGAGCUCAGCGAGCGUGACAUCGACGAGAUGUACGAGCGCGAUCUUCUGCUCGACGACGAUGUCUACGAGCUCGUCCUGCGUGACCUGGCUGAAGAGAUUGAUGAGCGUGACGUCGCUGACGAGAUCUACGAGCGUUACGACCUCGCCGACCUGGAGGGCCGUGACCUCCAGGAUAUGGAGGAGCGUGACCUCGACGCCGUUUCUGAGUGGAUUGACUUCGCUGUCAAGCGUGGUCUGGACUUUGACCUCGAGUAA